AUGGGGAGGGGAAGGGUGCAGCUGAAGAGGAUUGAAAACAAGAUCAACAGGCAGGUGACCUUCUCAAAGAGAAGGUCUGGGUUGCUGAAGAAAGCCCAAGAGAUUUCUGUGCUUUGUGAUGCUGAGGUUGCUUUGAUUGUCUUCUCCACCAAAGGCAAGCUCUUUGAGUACUCCACUGACUCCUGCAUGGAAAGGAUCCUGGAAAGGUACGAAAGGUACUCAUAUUCAGAGAAGCAGCUUCUUGCAAAUGAUCAUGAAUCAACUGGAAGCUGGACUCUGGAACAUGCGAAGCUCAAGGCUAGGGUGGAGGUUUUACAAAGAAAUCACAGUCAUUUUAUGGGAGAAGAUCUCCAAUCUUUAAGUCUGAAAGAGCUUCAGAAUUUGGAGCAACAGCUUGAUUCUGCACUGAAGCACAUAAGGUCAAGAAAGAACCAGGUUAUGUACGAAUCGAUUUCCGAGCUGCAAAAGAAGGAUAAGGCAUUGCAGGAGCAAAACAACUUGCUGGCAAAGAAGGUCAAGGAGAAGGAGAAAGAACUGGCUCCCCAGGUACAGUCAUGGGAGCAGCAAGUGCAGAACCAGGGCUUGGACUGCUCCUCCACCCUUCUACCAGAGGCAUUGCAGUCCUUGAAUUUCGGCAGCGGUUCAAAUUACCAGGGAAUUAGAAGUGAUGGAUCCGGUGGAGAUCAUGAGGAUGAAAAUGAGACCCCAACAGCAAAUCGACCUAAUACUCUCCUGCCCCCAUGGGAUGCUCCGCCACCUUAA